AGAACUGUUUUUGUGGAGAUUUGAGGUGAAGUUAAACAGCCAGCAUGUGUGACAUGAGUGCUCUGGAUAACCUGGUGGCCAACACGGCUUACCUUAAAGCUCAAAGUGGAGACGAGAAGGAGAUGAGGAAAAGACGCCAGAGUCUGGCUCUUCCCAAAUCGGGGAACUGUGAGUCCAUCAGGGCGUCCGUGGGGCAGGACUUUGAAUUGCUGUGUGAACUGCAGCCCAUCGGGAAGAAGCUGUUCAGACUUUUCCUGAACGAGACGCAUGAGUACAACAUCGCCGCACACUUCCUGGACGAGCUGAACGACUGGGAACUGGCUGAAGGAGCCGCCAAGGACAAAACCUGCACCAACAUCAUCAACCAGUUCUGCAAGGAAGGAUCCACGAGCUUCCUGUCCAUCCUGAGCGGAGAAGCGCUGGAGAAGUGCAAAGCUGUGACGGAGAAAGAUUUCAAAGUGGUGAUGAUGGGAAAAGUGAAAGAGGCCGUCAGAGAUUUCCUCAAGGGCAAGCCGUUCACAGAGUACAUGCUGAGCCCGUUCUUCGACAAGUUCCUGCAGUGGAAGGAGUACGAGAAGCAGCCCAUCACUGAAAAGUACUUCUACGAGUUCAGGACACUUGGAAAAGGAGGGUUCGGGGAGGUUUGUGCAGUGCAGGUGAAGAACACGGGUCAGAUGUACGCAUGCAAGAAGCUGUGCAAGAAGCGUCUGAAGAAGAAGCAGGGGGAGAAAAUGGCCCUUCUUGAGAAGAAGAUCCUGGAGAAGGUGAACAGCCCGUUCAUCGUCAGCCUGGCGUACGCCUACGAAACCAAAUCCCACCUGUGCUUGGUGAUGACACUGAUGAAUGGCGGCGACCUGAAAUACCACAUCUACAACAUCGGUGAAAAAGGGCUCGAGAUGAACCGGAUUAUUUACUACACCGCACAGAUCACUACGGGAAUGCUGCACCUACACACCAUGGACAUCGUGUAUCGAGACAUGAAGCCGGAGAACGUUCUCCUGGACAGUCAGGGGCAGUGCAGACUGUCGGACCUCGGCCUCGCCAUCGAGCUUCCUUCUGCAAAAACAACCACUCAGAAGGCUGGGACCGGAGCGUACAUGGCUCCUGAGAUCCUGACUGAUAUGCCAUACAGGACCUCAGUGGACUGGUGGUCUCUGGGGGUCAGUAUUUAUGAGAUGGUGGCUGGUUACACGCCGUUCAAGGGCCCCGAUGGCAAGAAAGAGAAAGUGGACAAAGAUGAAGUAAAAAGGCGCAUCAUCAGCGAAGAGCCAGUUUUUGAGCACAAAAACUUCGAUCCUCUCACCAAAGACAUCAUCCUGCAGUUCCUGAGGAAGAAGAUGGACGAACGACUCGGCUGCAAAGGUGACGACCCCCGAGAGCACGAGUGGUUCAAAUCUAUUAAUUUCCCACGUUUAGAGGCAGGACUCAUCCCUCCACCAUGGCUUCCCAAACCCAACGUGGUCUAUGCCAAAGACACCGGAGACAUCGCAGAGUUUUCUGAUGUUAAAGGCAUCGAGUUCAAUGCAAAGGAUGAAAAACUCUUUAAAGAGUUCAGCACUGGUGCCAUUUCUAUCCCCUGGCAGAAAGAGAUGAUGGACACUGGACUUUUUGAUGAGCUGAAUGACCCACACAGGAAAGAGUCUUCAACUGGACUGGACCAGGAAAAGAAGUCAGGCACAUGCACACUUCUGUAAAGUGACGUAGUCAAAUAGUUUUGUGUUAUUGUGAACACAGGAGCCCUGAAGAUGUAGAGAGAAAUGACUGCAACAUUGUGUGUGAGUGUGUGUGUC